CCUCUCUUUUGCAGUGUCUCGCUGCCUAAAUCCGACGGAGUUGACUGCAUCCAAUUACCAACUCCACCGACCAGAUUGCUUGAAGCCUCGAAACAAUGCAUCGAGUAUGAGAGCCAUCGCAGGCCCGCAUUCCUCUCAGCCCAUCCUCAUUCAACCCUAACCCUCAUUAACCAAGACGUUUGUUUCCACCUCAACCGCCGUGCGAUGAAUCCCGAUGCCGCAGCGUCGACAAACGGCACGCCGGCACCCUAUGGGAGAGCAUGCACGAACUGUGCUCGGGCGAAGUGCCGGUGCAUUUACCGGACUGGCGGACCUGACUGUGAGAGGUGUCAUCGACUAAAGAAGGAAUGCAUCCCAUCUGUCUCUGUCCGAAAACGCAAUGGCAAGCGCGCACAUGUGUCGCGGGCAGCCCAGCUGGAAGCGAAGCUCGAGGACCUGGUUACGCUGCUCCGUCACCAGACCGGCCCCGCCGACAACAUGAAGCCGCUUUCCCCCGCCAACACGGCCGGCAGUCUCUCCGUUGGCACACCCGCCGCAAGCGGUCUCUCAAACUCGAGCCACUCAGCAGAGAGCCCACCGGAGUUGGGCAUCCACGCCGCGCUGCCUCCACAGAAACCAAACUGCAAACCUGGCAGGCUCCAGCCCGCUCCCGUCUCCUGUGGCUCUCUCCUGGGAACCCUCUUCCAUUCGCCAGAGACGACGCGGUCGACGACCACCCCUCCUCCGCCACCUGCUCCGCCUCCUCCCGAUCCCGUUGAGCUAGAUCCCAUUGCCGCCUGCAUCUACCAGCCGACGCCCCGCGAAGCCGAGGAAAGCCUGGCAAUUUUCCGCAAAUUCAUGCUUAUUUUUCUGCCUUUUGUGUACCUCCCCGACACCAUGACCUCGGAGAGGCUUAAAGAAGCGUACCCCUUUCUGUGGUUCAACAUCAUGACGGUCACCUGCAGGCACGUGGAUCGCCGCCUCGUAAUGAGUGCAGCCAUCAAGAGGUUUUUGGCCAACAAGUUGAUACUCGACCAUGAGAAGAGCCUUGAUCUUCUUCUAGGCAUCUUGGUGAUACUGGGGUGGACCCAUUACCACUUCAAGAAGGACAAGCCACUUCUUUCCGUCUUGGCCUCCCUUGCAAAAUCUCUAAUCUAUGACCUGGGCCUCAACAAGGUCCCCACUGAGCCGUACAUUACCGCGUGCUUCAAAUCCGUGGCCCCUCACUCGAGAGAACUGAAGGCGUUAGACUGCCAGCGCCCCCCGAGAGAGAAGACGAACGACGAGCGCCGGGCCGUACUUGCGUGCUUUUAUCUUACCUCGCAAAUUUCGCAUUCCCUCAAACGGAUGGAUGCCCUGACCUGGACGCCCCACAUGGAAGAGUUCCUUCAAACCCUUUCCCAGAAACCAGAAUGGGAAGGCGAUGAGUUGCUCGUGGCCCAGGUCAAGAUCCAGCUGACCCUCGAGCAGCUGACCCGCGCCAUUUCACAGUCAGCCGACGGUGUGCUCCCGGCCUAUUAUCUCUCGGCCCUCCGGACGCAGCUGCAGACCAUCGAGGCUCAACUCCCUAACCAUCUCCAGCAAAACGACACCGUCCUCGGCCACAAAUCCUACACGGACCUGGUCAUCCAAGAAGCCGGCCUGGCAAAGCCCCGAUUCCCAACCACCACCACCACCACCACCCUCAACGCAGGCAUUCCCGACCUGCAGCGGUACGAAGCCAUGGAGGGCUGUCUAAACGCCGUCAAGGAAUGGUUUGACCGGCAUUUCUCCAUCCCGAGCUACGUCUACGAGGGCAUGACCUUCAGCUACUGGUGCCACAUGGCGCACUGCCUGUUAUCACUCUACCGGCUUUCCGUCCUUGACGAUCCAGCUUGGGAUCUGCGCGCCGUGCGAGCCAAGAUUGAUCUGCUCGACGUAUGCGACCGGCUGAAGGCCGGGUUCGAGCAGGUCGUUGAGGAGCGGGUGCGUGGGUUUGUCUCCUCCGUUGUCGAGGAGGACGGGUUCGCAAAGUUUGCGAAAAUGCUGCUGGCGAUUCGGAAUAGUUGGGGAGCUGAGAUGGCGGCUGCUGAGAAGAAAUAUAUGCCGGGGGCGGCGACGGCGAUGGCUGGCGACGCGCCGGUUACUGGUAAUGAGCCGUUUCUGGAUGGAAUGGGUGGAAUGCCGCUGUUUCAGAAUGAGGAUGAGUCCUGGAUUGCGGGCAUCUUUGAUAUGAAUUGGGAUUUCUCUUAGCCCAUUUUUGCCCAGAGGAUUGUUUGGGCAAGGUUUACCGACGCGCUUAUGGAGGAAAAGAAAAAGGC